AUGGUGGAGAUUGUUGAAAAGAGGAACGAGUUGAGUCAAAGUGGGGAUUCUACGAAUAGAAGGAAAAGAAAAAAGACGGAGACUUCUGGAGUGGAAAACGAUGGGAGGAGGAAGUUCAGUCCAGGAAAUUCUGAGUAUUUAACAAAGCAGAGUUUCAUUGAGGAAGUAUCUAAUGAUGAUGAUUCGUCAAUGGAGGAGACUGAUCCUGAUCCUGAUGUUGAUAUUGAUAUUGUUGAGGAGGACGAGGAGGGCAGUGAUCCUGAUGUUGUUAUCGUUGCGGAGGAGGAAGAGGAGGAUUUGGAGGAGGAUGAGGAUGAGAUUGAUCCUGAUGCAACCCCAUACUAUAAGUCGGAAAUCGAAUCAUCAACGGAUGCUGUUCAAAAGAAUCCGAAGAAGAUUCUUGAAGAGUCUGAAUUUCUUAAAUUCAUUGCUCGGAGAACUCAAGGGAGGUACGAAAGAAAAUGCUUUGGAGAAUUCUCAUCAGUCUUGGAUGUUGACUGCUUCAGAGUUCCUGAUUCUUCAGCAGCUGAGGAUUCUCCCUUUUUGGAGAAAGAACCGUGUAGGAUUUGA